AUGCUACGAAUCAAUGUUCGCGCUUACUACCCGUCUGUGCUACAGUGCCGCGGCUGUGCUGCCUACGGUCACACACGUAAGCAUUGUUCGAGCGAAGCGGUGUGUUUACAGUGUUCACAAAAUCACACAAUCGACGAUGACCAGGACUGUCCGAACCCAGCACACUGCUACCAUUGCAAAGGAGCCCACUCGCCGAUCAGCAAGAGCUGUCCGGUCUUCCGGAAGGAGGAAGCAGUGGUACGAAUCAAGAUCGACAGAGGUGUGACAUACCGCGAAGCCCGCGAAGAGGUCGAAAAAACUAAUAUCCAAAACUCGUACUCCAGCCAAGUCCAAACCCGCCUAAAUCAACACUCUGACAAAGACCGAGAAAUUCUGUUGCUUCGCCAAGAACUUGACAAGCUCCGAAGUCAGUUAAAAGACUUUUCCCAGUUAAAAUCUCAGCUAGAAGCCCUGCAGACAUUGCAUCAAGCAGCACUCAAAACGAAUCAAGAACUGGAAAGUAGUCAAGCAACUUCAAGGCCAAUCAAUGUUAGGCCGGAAGCACCCUCUAAGAUUCGAUUAUCUAGGAAGGAUUCAGCGGAGAAAAGUAGCUUCAAACCAUCUAAAUGA